AGUUCUCGGUGAACACCGCCAAAAUGUUCCGACAAAGGGAGUUGAGGGGAAAAACAUCCUAAUGUUUAUUAUUAAUUUUAUUUCAAAGCUUGAAACAGAACUUUUCGGGAUGUGGAAACUACCCGCUCCCCCACUUCGCCAUUCCGGUUGAAAUAUACAAACACACACCACUGAUAUAUAUAUAUAUAUAUAUCAAUGUUUACGUAGAUCAGUUACACCAGUGUCUGUUUUUGUUUGGUUGUUUUCAAUAAUGACAUUUGGUCGAGAUUCUUGGAAAUUAACCAAAGACAGUAAUGGCAAGUUCCCCUCCGUGACACCCACGUCGGUUCGCUCUUGGUUUCCUAGAUGAACUGCUAUAUCCACAUUUUACUUUGUGUCUCGUCUCCGGAAAAGUUCCACUGAAGAUUCACACCUCCAUACCCCUGACACAGCUACAGUCUCUCUUCAGAAUGUCUUCCACACCAAGUUCCUCCAAAAGCCAGCAACAACAACUCUUACAUCAAUCAGAAAAUCAUUACAUUUACAGAGCCUAAGAAGCAUCAACAAAUUUCCACCUUUUACCUGUGUUUAUUGCAAUAAGAAUAUAUUCGCUUCCAUAAGUGUUUUGUCUUGCUGUUACUUCAAACUCUUCUUGCUAGAGUUUACCGCAGUCAUUUCCUUUGAGUUGUGUAUCCCCUGAUGAUCUUCUUCCCCACUUUGUCCCCAGCAACACAUCAUCUCUUGUCAUAUCAGUGCAUUCUAUGGUUAUUUAGUCACAUUCACUUAAUUACUACCCUCAGCUCUUGUUCUAACCUCUUCCAGUAGUUCAUUUUUACUCCUCCAGCUUCCUCCGUCUUGAGAUAUUUGUUACAAGCUAUCAACCACUUCUCACUCAAAGUUACCUUGGAAUGGGGGUGAAACUCCUGUAACCCCACCAAAAAUGUUGUAACCCCAAUAUACCCUCCACCAGAAAUGUUAGGAAUGAUAUAUAUUUUAUUGGUCAUUGAUGUAUGUAAGUGAUGCCAACUUGAAGAAGUUAGGUUUGACCUGUGAUCCAUGCUGACAUAAAUAUAAUUUCCUGCUGAACUGCCACAGAAAUAAAAGUAGAAAAUUAAAAAUAAACAACCAGAUUAAUCAAGAAGAUAAAAACAACAAAAGACAAUGCAUUAAAUUUCAUUUUCAAAUUAUCAGUUAUCAUCAUUAUCGUCAUCAGCAUCUCCAUCAUCAACAAAAUCCUUACUUUUCAUUGUCAUCACAGACCUGUACUGUGAUUUAUAUUAGUAAAUCUUUCAAAACACUCAUUGCCAAACAUCAAAACACUCACCCACUCAGUGAGAAGGUGGAGAUAAAGAACAGGAAAUCUUGAUUGCUUAAACCAGUGUUGUUGUAGGUGACUGAUUGAUAACAAUCCUUAGAUUCUCAUACAUAUAUAUAUAUAUAUGUCAGCAGUAUUUGAAAAAUCAGGGUAGACCUUGGAUAUUACUUUCAUGACCGUUGUUACGAUGAUGAUUCAAAUAUUGGAGGAAUAACAUAAGUAAGCAGAACAGAUUCAAUACCUUCGCAUUCCACUAUUGUGGUGUGUUUCCAGACUAUUCCAUUGUUUAAGAAACAAAUUGUGGCAUCAUAUCAAAUAGAUAUAAAAAAAAAAGAAAGAAGAUGGUUAAGACCAAUCAUAGUAAUAUUUGUUAAAUCUUGCUCUCUAAAACACACUUCUAAAACUUGCCUGAGUGUAACACCUAUUCAAAAAUCACACACUUACAGUUUUUUUUUUUUUUUUUUUUGACAUUUUAAAAAUCAGGUUGUAAAAAUGUAUUUUGUUGAGAAAUAUGUUGUUGAAAAACGAUACAAAUGUGAAGUGUGCAACAAGUGUUUUACAGGGAGUUCAGAUCUGCGUAUCCAUACCAGGACACAUACGGGGGAGAAACCCUACCAAUGUGACCACUGCAAACAAGCUUUCACAACGUCUUGGAACUUAAAAACUCAUAUUCGGACACACACUGGGGAACGCCCAUUCAAGUGUGACCUUUGUGGUAUUGGUUUCACAACUUCAUCUUCACUAAAGAUCCACACACGCAUUCACACAGGUGUGAAGCCAUUCACCUGUUCAAUCUGUCAGAAAAUGUUUUCUGAUCGCUCUCAUCUACAACGUCAUUUACGAAUCCACACAUCGGAGAAACCUUUUCGUUGUGUCAUCUGCGAAAAGAGUUUCUCCACCAGCACACACCUGAAACACCACAUUUGGACUCAUACAGAUCAGAAACCGUUCAUGUGUGACAUGUGCGACAAAUCCUUCCCAGACAAUUUCCAAUUGAAGCGUCACAUUCAGACUCAUUCGAACGAGAGACCGUAUCAGUGUUCUGUCUGUCUGAAAUCCUUCUCCACCAGUACCAACCUCCGACGUCACGAGUGGACGCACACCACCGAGAGGCCCUACAUAUGUGAUAUCUGUGGUAAAUCUUUCUCCACUAACUGUAAUUUGUUACGCCAUACUAAAAUACACACUGACCACAUUCUGUCGAACAUUAACAUGAGGCGAGCUACAGCUCCCCCUGGAUUAGACGGCAACAAACUAGAAAAAGAUAAAAGCGAGGUAAAAGAAGAGGAGAAAAAAGAAGAGUACCCCUUUGAUUUUAAAUCCACCUUUUCUGAACAGAGUACCUCAUUCUCCCAUGAUAUAGAUACCCCAAUGAUUAAAGACACCACUUUAUUACAGAUGUACUAUUCAUAGUCGACAGUCCCUACAUACAGAUUUUUGUUCCCUAUCGUAUCAUGUUAUUUAGUGAAACACUAUCUGAGCCCUCCAUCCUACCGUAAUUGGUACAGACUGGAACAUAGAAUUAAACAAAUUUCAUAAAAGUCAUAAAUCUCUCUACACCAAUG